AUGGCCACACCACAAGUCCUCAAAGAAAAACCAUCAUUUUCUAAUAAUAUUAUUGUUGAUGCUAUAGAGUUUCGCAACAUUGUAGGUGCACUGCAAUAUUUAACUUUCACUCGUCCGGAUAUCACUCAUGCUGUUAAUCGUGCUUGUCAACACUUCACCGAACCCACUAUGACAAAUUUAAAGGUAGUUAAGUGCAUUUUGGGUUAUCUCAAAGGCACACACAAUUGGGGGUUGCGUUACCUUUUCAACACUUCCCCUUCCUUGUAUGGAUUUAGUGACGCUGAUUCGGUUGGUUGUCCUAUCACAAGACGAAGUACUACAUGUUAUUGUGUCUUUAUUGGUGCUAAUUGCAUAUCUUGGUCCUCUAAGAAGCAAUCCAUUUUUGCUUGUUCUAGUACUGAAGCAGAAUAUCGCUCCAUGGAUCACACUGUUGCCAAGCUAACAUGGAUCACCUAUCUCUUUCAUGACACAGGUGUUUCUCUUCCUCGUGCUCCACAACUAUUUUGUGAUAACAUUAGUGCUCUACAUAUGACAGUUAAUCUAGUUUUUCAUGCUUGCACCAAACAUAUUGAGCUUGACUGUCGUUUUGUCAGUGAAAAAAUAGCCAUAUAA